AUGUACUUCCGCCACUUCGCAGAUGACAUACGGUUGGAUGAAACAAGUAGUAUGGAGCAGGCUGCUGUUUUCCGUGAUCUAGAUACUUAUUUGGACGCGCAAUUGAUGAACAUCAACUUCCUGGGUGUACCAGACUGUCGAUUGGAAGAUGAACCUAGACGACCAUGGGGUGUUCGAGGUCAGUCUAUCACAUGUCAUACGGAUUUCACGGAUGAUAACAUCAUCGAACAGGUCACAGAUCUGCUUCCAUCUAUGCGCAUUCCUCUCGAACAGUCUACCUUAAAAGCCAGCUCACCGCCGAGAAAUACGCGAAAACGCAAGGUGCACGCCCCAAAUCUCCGAACCGUGGAACCGGGAUGUUCGGUCGAAUCUUCCAGAUUGGAUGAAAUUGAAAACAAGAUUGACUGGACUGGACCUGUGCCGACCUAUGCAGAACCGGAUCAAAGAUUGGAUGAUCUGGUGCAAAACUGUUCCUUCUUGGAGCCGCACACAUCCCUGCAGUUCACUCCGAUGCGUCAACGGUACACAGAGGCAGAAGGUGUCGAUGUUGAUGCGGUCACCGAAGAAAUGGGCGUCGAUCUACACACCUCACCGGUUGAUUACGUCAAACCACUGGAGUCCGCUACAGUGGUUGAUGAACCUGCGUCCGACAAUCCGCCCUCUGCGAUGACUGUAUCGCUCUACGAUCCUGUUUCGCCUAGUCGUAAACCUCGACGUGGUCGAACUUCAAGUGGGACAAGUUUGUUGGUGGCUCACGCUCGUUCUUCUCCCCCGGUACAGCUUCCAUCGUCUAUGAACAUACAGGAACAUCCGUGUAAAACACUGACAAAGAAAACCACUUUUGAGUCACCCACUUAUUCUCAGUGUUCGAUAGCCAGUGAUCCGAUGGAGCUCGUCUCUCACGGUUUUGUCGAUCCAAUCCAAUCACCUUCAUCGUGUGAUGGAGAUCACUCAAAGCGGAUCCGUGGAUCUCCAAUGUCUGCACAUCAUUCUGGUUCGCUGCCUUUGGAUACGGAGAGGAUUCGACCACUCAGUCCCUCGUCAUCUGACUCAGCAACCAAGCACCAUCUUGUGAUUAAACGGCCAAACACUCUAAUUCCCACCAACACUGGGGUGGUUACUGUAUCACAGGGCUUACAGUCUGGUCAGCAACGUCCACUACCAGUUAUGCGGGUCAAAAUACCAACCCACUACGCGCGAUUCGGCAAAUUCCAAACACGAUUCACUUCUUCGUCAUCCGCCUCGUCUGGCUUCGAAGCAGUGACCCAAAUCGCUGCGCACCGUUCUUUGUCCACUUCCAAUCUGUCUGGUGUGUCUCCAGGUUCACCGAAAACAACAACCGUGGCACCUUCAGGGACAGAUACCGGCCCAGUCCCUAUACAACUUGGUCGUUUUCAAUCGCCCGUACUCAAGUUUCACAAGAAUUUCACUAGCAAACGACAAAGUCUGAGCGCUGAAGAUCUGACCCGAUUAAUCAGGCAACCUAAGGUCAGUUUUCUGGUGCCAACAUGUGCACUGGAAGUCCCGGGACAAGAGGAGACCGAGACUGUUUCGGUUAUUGUACCCAAAUCACCUAUGCUAUCCUCAUCCCAGUCGUUCCCCGGUAAAGGAUCUGCUUCAUCUCUUCAUUCCCCACCGACGGAUUCUGUGGCCGAGGCCAAAAUCACUCGUUCACCUCAGGCGCUGAAUCGACUGGGACUCUCUCGUCACUCGAACUCGUUACCAGAACCCGUCAGUUCACGAAGAAUGGAUCAGAUCGGAACGACAACCCAACGCAGUCCAGCAAACAUCACUCCUGUGGUGUAUCACAAACUGAUGACACGUACCUCACUGUUUUCCUCAGUGACUUAUCCGUGGACAGAAAUGGUUCCAAUCGAGCGGACUUGGUUAAACAGCUUGAAAAAGCUUGGUCUCGACGAAAGCAGCAAUGAUACCAUGGACCAGCUGACUUCUGCGCUGUCUGAUUUACCUUCCGUGUUUUCUGCUCUGGCUUUGCGAUGUCAAAAUGGUGUACGAGCCGCUCUGAAUCUGGCCGGUUUCUCUUGGGACGAAGCGAGUGAAACGACCCGUCUUAGGACCUUCUGUUGUUUUUUGGCAGUUUCUGUAUCGGAAUUACUCACUACCACUGUACGACCACCCUACUUGUUGUACACAUUGAAGAAACCGAGUAAUUUAACCGAGCGCGAACAAUCAGCGAUUCAGUCCGGAACUGCUUUACUCUUGGAGUCUUAUGAAGAGACUGGUACCGCUAUUCAGCAUUUGGCAAAACUUGCUUUCGAUCGGGACGGCACAUCAAUUCAACGUGGCUGUGUGACCCUUUUGUUCAAAUUAGCAAGCUUUCUUCAAGCCACACACACUGUUGCUGAACAACUGUACCGUGCAUGUUCCCCUCAACGAACAGCUCGGGAAUUAAGCGAACGAUUGCAACGCGCUUUGGACCUCCUCGCUUCCAGUAUGAACCAUUACUACAGCGGGAGCAAUAGUAAUUACAGUCACCAAGGCAGCACAUGUUCAACUGCGCCCACAGAUCCAACGGAGUUCACAUCGAUGUUGGUCGACCAGAUGGACACCUUAUUACGGGAACUAUCAGAAUUGGGCGAAUUAGGUGGAACAGAUCCAGUGCCGGAAUCCUUGGCAGUUCGAUUAUUCAAAUUGGUCGAUUUGUACCAUAGUAGGCAUAUUUCUGACUCAGAUCGACGAUUACUGACAAUUGAUUGCGUCCUGGGCGUGUUCAGUCUGUACGUGACGCAAUACUUUACUCGAUCGGAGAACGCAGAUUCAGAUGCUACUGUGGUCUAUCUGGUAGUGCCAUCAAUCGGGUUGGGCCGUACCGGUAGUCCCAGUCCGUUGGAUCAGUGUUCUUACCUGAAGCAACAACUGGACACUCUUUGCUGA